AAAUUAAGUGAUAAACAUUACGGUUAUAACAAUAUGAAUGGAUUUACAAAAACUUGUUAAAUUCGUUAGUGAAAACUAAAUUAUCUAUCAACUAUUAUUUCAAUGUUAAAUAAGUUUGAUAUAAAUACAGUUUUAAGUAACAAUAGUCAUUAUCAUAAUCAAAUAUUCAUAAAUAAGCAGUUAAUAACAUCAUCAACAAUGCAAUCGCAACAACAGUCGCAUCAACAAAAUUCGGAGCAUAUAAAGCGACCAAUGAAUGCGUUUAUGGUAUGGUCACGAGGACAACGUCGUAAAAUGGCACAAGAAAAUCCAAAAAUGCAUAAUUCAGAAAUAUCGAAACGUUUGGGUGCGGAAUGGAAAUUGUUAAGUGAAUCUGAAAAACGACCAUUUAUUGAUGAAGCCAAACGAUUAAGAGCGUUGCAUAUGAAAGAACAUCCCGACUACAAAUACCGUCCUCGCCGGAAGCCGAAAACAUUAGUUAACAAAAAGGAGCAUAAAUACGGAUUUUCAAUGUCACCAAUAUUAUCUCCAACAAAUAUGGAAUCUGUACAUUCGUUACAACGUAAUAUACUACCUCCUUUACCACCAAGUGGUCCUCAUCCGCCACCACACCCGAUUUUAAAUCCAGAUUCUGAGGCAAUGAAAAUGCAACGUACAUUGUUUACACCGUUUCCUUAUCCAUUGUACCCUUUGAAAAUGUCCUCUGAUGAUACGAGUACAAAAAUGGCCGCAGAUCUCGCACUUCUGUAUAAUAGUUCAAUUUAUUCACAAACAAUGGCGGCGGCCGCAGCGGCAGGUUGGCCGACAACAUUAUCCCAUCCAUGUAUGGUUUCAUGCGGAUGUCCAAUGCAAAGUUCGAAUAUUUCACAACCACCCCAACAACAACGCCCACAAACUCCAAAUAAUAGAUCGCCUAGUCCCGACGUAGUUUCCACAGACUCACCAACAAGUGGUGUUAUUAAACGUCCAAUUGCCUAUGUACUUGUAAAACCUGAUGAAACGUAUCGACGACCUGAAGCAAGUUUAUCUCCACUUGGAGCACAUAUUCCACAACAUGUUAUUUGAAGACCACUUCCCGUUCUGCCUUCAUCUGCAGACGGGGUAGUUGCUCAUAGAUCACCAUGGUGGAAUCAAUAUGAAUUAUCACAAGCUUGCUCAAACUUAGAUAUUAUAACUGGAAAUGCUUCAGCAACAAUAACUUCUAAUCCACGAAGUGUUGAAGAUUUAAAAAAUCAAAGAUCUCGUAGUGAAAGUCCGUAAUAGACCGCUAUAACGAUGGCUUUAAAUGAAUACAACGACGAAACAGUGAAUGAAGAAAAUGGAGUUUAAAGAUAACAUUACCGUUAAAUUUUUCGCUUCCGAAGUCUGAUUGUUUUGAUUUGGUUUGUUUUUUAGUUUUUUUUUUUUUGUUUUUGCUUUUUUGGGAUGUUAGUGCAA